AUAAAUCUAAAUUGUUCCUCAAGAACAUAUUUUCUGAUCAUCAUCAUGAGCCACAUUAAGCAUCAAUUCUCCAGUGGAUCCUCAAAUAGAAGCUGUCACAGUGGUGGACAUUCCCAAAAUGUCACUAAACAUAAAUCUUUAGCUCACUGCGGAAUCUCGCAUAAAAAACAACAUGGAGGCACCAACCUUUCUAGUUAUGGAGGAUCCCAUCUUUCACACCAUGGUGGAUCUUACACUCAAAACCAUGGGAUUUCCCUAACUUCUCAUCAUGCAGGAGCAAACCUUUCCCACCACGCAGGCCAUUACCGAGCCCCAAGUGUGCAUGGUGGUUCAGGAGGUAAGGGAAUCUCCAUCUCCAAGCAUUCAUCCUUUAGCCGUGGUGUCCACAGUCAUGAUACUAGCUUUGGAAAGAGAGAUGGUAUUUUCAGUGUUAAUGAGAAGGAAACUAUGCAAUCGUUGAAUGACCGCUUGGCAUGCUAUAUGGAGAAGGUUCGCUCACUGGAGAACGAAAAUACCCAGCUGGAGAGGAAUAUCAGAGAAUGGUAUGAAAGAAACCAACCCAGUGCUUUACCUGAUUUCAGCAACUUCUUCAGGAUCAUACAGGAGGUCCAGUGUCAGAUCUCCGGAGCAACAGUAGACAAUGCCAGGAUUGCUCUUCAAAUAGACAAUGCUCGUCUGGCUUCUGAUGAUUUUCGAAACAAAUACGAGAUGGAACAAAGACUAAGGAACAAUGUUGAGGGUGAUGUGAAUGGCCUGCGCAGAGUGCUAGAAAGCUUGAAUCGUGAAAUAUGUGACCUUGAGCAACAGGUUCUAAACCUGCAGGAAGAGCUCCAGCAAAUGAGGAGAAACCACGAGGAGGAGGUGAAUGCCCUAAGAGCCCAACUGGGUCAGAGAGUCAGUGUGGAAGUUGACGCUGCUCCAUCAAAAGAUCUAAAUAGAACCCUGUCCGAGAUCCGAGAGCAAUAUGAAAACUUAAUGGACAGAAACCUAAGGGAGGUCGAAAAUAUGUUCCGGCAACGGAGUGAAGAGCUGAAUCGUCAAGUGGAAUCUGGUUCUGAACAACUGCAGACAGUCCAAACUGAACUCAUUGAUUUGAAGCGCAAUGUGCAGACUUUGGAGAUUGAGCUACAGAGUCAACUAAGCAUGAAAUGUGCUCUGGAGGGCUCAUUAUCAGAAAUAGAAUCUGGAUACAGCUCCCAGCUCUCCCAGCUACAAGGCCUAAUCAACAAUGUAGAAUCUCAGCUAGGGCAGAUCCGAUCUGAUCUGGAGCAUCAGAAUCACGAGUACAAAAUACUUAUGGACCAAAAGACACAUCUAGAGAUGGAAAUUGCCACCUACAAACACCUUCUGGAAGGACAAGACAUCCAGUAA